AUGUCGUGUAAAAUCCAAAUGGCCAUGUUUUUUGGUUUUGUGAUGGGAAUGAUGAAAAUGCAUGAAGUGAAAACACAUUCAAUCUUGACACUUGAAAAGAAGAAUAAUUUGGCAGAAAUGACAGGAAAGAACGAACAAGAGAAAACUAGGUCAGAGGAACUAUUGGAAAGUAGAAAAUCAUUGGAAAAGAAUGGAAGUGAUUCUAAUCUGAGAGAACAAGGAAAAGGAUUACAGCAGCAGAAACCAUUGAGAAUGGAGAAUCACUACAGAGAACUGCUCCUGUUCGAACAUCCGUUUCGAUUCAAGAGUUGUUAA